AUGGUAUCGUUGAAGCUCACUUCGCUCGCCCUUGUGGCAUUACGAGCACUAAGUGCUGUUGCCCAAGUUCCUGAAGGCGUUCAGGUCGAGGCGGUGGAAGAGCUUCAGGAUGAGAUCACACAGGAAGAUACCGUCGGCAGCACUCCAAACCUCGCCGUCGAGAUCAAGACCACCUUCCCAGAAUCCGAGAUCUUUGGGGUCAAGCUUGUCAAUGGUCGUGCUACGAAAGCACUAUUGGAUGUUUCAAACAAUGAACCUGUACCCAUCUCCGUCCUGAUCGUCGGUGGCUCCCUCACAACGCCGAUCGACACUCCUGGCGCUCCAGACCCUCCAGUCGUGCUCAGGAACCUGACGGCACAGAAAUAUGCGAUACAGAUUCCUGCUGGCGAGAGCGAGACUCUUACCUACGCUUUUGCUACGGAGAUGCACCCUCAGGAUCUGCGUUUGAGCAUCGCCACUGUCUUGCAGAAUCAGGAGGGCGCAGUCUUCACGAAGCUGGCAUACAACGAGACCGUGAGCGUGGUCGAGGCUCCGAUGAGCUUCUUCGACCCUCAAAUCAUCUUCCUGUACCUUUUCCUCCUCGCAGGCUUCGGCGGUCUCUGCUACUUCAUCUACACCACCUGGAUUACCACCCUGUUCCCACAGAAGAGGCGCGGUGGCAAGGGCGGAGAGCGUGCGAAGAGGAGCUCCGGGGGUAGCAAACCUGUUGAACCCGCUGACCAGGCCUCAGUCGUUGGUGCUGAUGGGCCAGCUGUGACGAAGACAAGUGGUUACGACGAGUCCUGGAUCCCUGCAGGCCACUUACAGAGACCUGCAGCGAAGAGAGUUGGCAGUGGCCGCCCAAAGAGCCGGGCUGCUUAG